AUGCUUCCUUUAUUAUUUUCACAAUCACAAGCCGUAAAUAACAAAUGGCCUAUCAGACGUAAUGUUUGUGGCGCAAACAUUAAUGGUUCUGUAUGGUCCAUGCCAGAACUCCAAGACAGAGGAGUUGAAAAAUUUGAUUUUAAGUUAUAUGACCUUAAUUAUACAGCCUAUUUUAAGAUCUGCGGAGAAUUCACAGAAGCUGAUGCAGGUUCUCUUCCAAGUUAUGCUGCAAACUAUAAAUUUAUUUCAAUGCUUUUAUGCUGGAAGGAAGGCACUGUUUGCUAUCCAGCUGGCAGUAAAUUCGAUCUUGAUUAUGCUCCAUAUGAUGAAAAAGAUUUUUCAAAGGGUGUUUCCCUUCAAUAUCUUUCCCACCCAGUUCAAUUGUUAAAGAGCACAAUUUUUAAGUUCACAUUUGAUGUUGCCUGCGAUGCAUCUCAAACCAACUCAAAGAAGGCAUUUGAUACUCCAGAUGUUGAUUUCUCAUGGGACAGGUACUCCACAAUCAAGAUUAACUUCCCAUACGCCGGCGGCUGCCCAACAAAGGCUGCUCCUCCAGCUCCAACACCAAUGUACUCUCCACAGUGCGAUUAUGACGAGAGAGAUCCAAAUAAGCAGGAUGAAGGUAUUUCCAUGGAUCUUCACGAUAACAAUGGUGGUCCAUAUGGUCACAUGUAUCCAGCAGUCUAUGACAAUUCCCAUCACGUCAUUUUCUACCAGCCAUGCGAGCGUUCUUACAACCCAGCCAACUCCACAGAUCAAACACUUGCCUCUGUUUGGGACUGCAAUGAAGACGUCACAAAGUGCAUCAACUACGGUAUCGCAGAUGAUCAUAUGAAAAUGGCUCGUAACCGCUGGGACAUUAACCAACCAGUUACGAACAACAUCUACAAUGGAGAAGCCAGCAGACAGACAAUUGUCUCAUGGUCAUGUAAUGAAGGCUUGCCUGCCAACUCAAUUAAGUUCUAUGAUGCUGAUUACAUCUCAGACGACAAGUACAACCUCGAAAUCAAGGUCUCCUCACAAGAAUCUUGUGUUCAUACAUUCGAUCCUCCGGAUAUUCCAACAGAAAAGUGCAAACUUAAGUACAAAGAAUACGAUUUCGAUGCUACCAAGCUUAACGCCAAGGAGAACGUCGGCUACGUAUCCAAUGUCCGCAUGGAGACUCCUCUCGGCGGAAAUUCCACUGUUAGAAUGCACUUCCAGCCAUGUGGCUCCAUCUACUGUCCAAAGGAUGCAAAGUGCGACCAAUUUGAAGACGCUUACCUUUGGAUCUGCAAGCCCGUAACAAUUCACACCGAUAAAUACGAUUGCGAUCCAUAUGGCUUAGCUGAGCACAAUGUAACUACACAGUUUGUUGAUCCAUACAACUUCCACUCCGGUAUUCAGAUGAAGUACAGGGGUGGCGACAACCUCGAAGCCUACGUCACAUAUCUCUGCGACGAGUCACUUGCAGACAACGAGAUUCGUAUUGACAACACUGUCGAAGUCUCACAGUCCACACUCAGACUCGAAGCGAGAACCAAGCAGGCCUGCUCAUCUGGCGAGAACCCAGACUGGCACUUCUACCUUCCAUGGCCACACAAAGACGUGACACCAACACCAACACCACUUGUUCACCCUCAGACAACACUCUUCAUGAGAAAUGAGACACAUCACGUCGCAUUGACACUUUCUGCCGCAGACAGAGAGAUUGACGAGCAGGAGUUCGACAUCGCCAGCAGAGGAAAGAGAUGCCACAUCUGGCACUUCUUCGCUCCAGACGGAAACAUCACAUGCCCAACAGGUUGGGACUGCAAGGAAUUCUCCAACAUGACAGGAGCCGGCUGGAUCUGCUACAAGAACGAGCAGAAAGAGAAAGUCUGCUUCCCAGACGCUGUCAGAACAAACAUCAUGACAAUGAGAGCUCUCGAUGGAUCAAUGGACAAAGGCGCUGAGAUCGUCUACAACGGUGUAUACAACUACGAUCUCGAACUCAAUGUCUACUGCGACAAAGACUCUCCAUACGAUUUACCACUCUCAUCAGCACCUUCUUACCACUUGAACACUGCUACUGGUGGCCAGGAAAUCUCAUUCGAAUCAACCUCUUCAAUGGUCUGCCCGAAGAAGUUCGCAACACCAAGGUAUCCAGUUGUCAAACCAACAGCGACACCAAAUCCACAGAUCCUCGCUAACAUCUCUUGGGAUCAGGACUUCGAUGAGGAUGGACACCAAGUCGAACUCAACUUCAACAGAAUUCCAGAUACAAUGCAGUCCGACAUCGCUUUGGGAGCUCCUCCAAGCGCUUACGAACUCGCGACAAUCGUCUACAGCCCAGUAGACAGAAUCCCUUGCCCAGCUGAUUACAAGUGCCCAGAUAUGGAGAAAGGAAACAUCUGGAAGUGUUUCAAGAACGAGACAGACAAGUACUGCUACGUUAUCGGUAACGCUGAGUACGGCAUGAACACAGAACUCGCUCCAAACAACGGCUACAUCCAUGCUGAUGUCGCUGCUACAUAUUGGGGAGGUGCAAACGGUGCAAGAACAACAUUGUUGUUCGUUUGCAACCACUCUGUUCCAAAGGAUACAAUCUGGUUCGAUCCAGUUGGCGUACAGAGAUACAACGGAAAAGCUGCUUACGCAAUUAUGUACGUCCACACAAUGAACGUAUGCUGGGAUGUAAACAAGGAGUCUGGCCUUUCCGGAGGUGCAAUCUUCUUGACAAUUGUUUUCGUUGGUGCUACUUUGUACUUCGCUGGUGGAGCUCUCGUCAUGUUCUUCAUCAAGGGAACUGUCGCUCUUCCAAACGCUGCUUUCUGGGAAUCAUUCUGGGCUGCAGUACAAACUGGUGCUGUUUACUUGUUCACUUGUGGAAAGAAGACUUCUUUCGGAGUAGCUUCCUACGACGCAAUUUAA